AUGUUUUGGAAACUCUACUCCGCCCAAGAUGUCGAAAAAGGCCUACCUCUCGGGAUUAGAGAGACGGGGACGGGAACGGAUAGAUGGAGUACGGGAACGGUUCCGGCCGAUAACUACCUUUAUCACGAGUUCGGUUGUCCGGUCAUCGAUCUUCCCACGUCGAUCUGGAUUAUCAACCUCCGCAAAGUCUGCUCGACCCUUCUACCAGAAGCAGGAAACCACUUUCAAUUCCUACUAUACCAACUCGAUCUAAUCCAUAUGACCAGCAUAGACCUUUCUGUCAGUUCGGCUCUCGGACGAGCUUUCUACGCCGAGAGAAAUUUUGAGCCGUUCCCCCAUUCAAAAACCUACGAAAGUGUCCAACUAUUUGCUGAACUGAUAGAGACACUGGUGGACGGUGUUGAGGAUUGUUUGUGGGAGAUUAGUGAAUAUGUGAAAAGCGGAGGCUAUGCGAAUAAAUAUGAUGAUCCUGAAGCUUAUGAGAUUGACAGCAAAUUGAGAUACGCUCUUAGAAUACUAGCCAGACUUUACUGUACCAUAGUGAACACGUAUACUUCAAGUUUCGAACGAUAUGUGAAUUCUUUGGCCAUGGAAACGAAGUCUCGGGAAGGGAGAUAUACUGUCAUGACCACGUGCGUCGAAGUUGCUAGUUCGGGUAAUAUCCAGUUACCCGCCACCGAUAAACACUACCAGCCACCCUUAUCUACAUUACACUCUCAUUCCAUCGUUCCCAAUACUCCAAGUGGUCGGGUUACAAGGUUACACCCUGAGGGUAGUGUAGCCCCUACCACUCAAGGGGGGCAACAACCAGCCACCCCAGCGGUGGAAAACCCUGCCACCACCUCUACAAGUACCAAUGCAAUCCUUCAGGCUUUAGCUGGUCUAAACCAAAGGUUCGAGGAACAAAAUCAGGAGAUGGCUCGUCUACGUAUACAGGUGCAGUCUCUCCAAUCUGCUUCUCACGAUGGAGGUUCAAAUGAACCUCCCUCCCCAACCAGGACGGCCAUCCCACCGCCUGGUUUCCGUCGCGAACUCCCCGCACAUUUAGAGGGUCAAUCCCUAGCUAAUGCAAACGCGUUAGGCGUUCGAACCGGGGGGAUCGAUCGUCACUCCCAGUCCCCUGCCCCCGGCUCGGGAUUUACUCUUCCCAAGUUACCCAUGGCCAACCUGGAAAAGUUCAAGGGAGAUCGAGGUAAACUUCCAGCUUUCAUAUCCCGUGCUAGAAUGAUGCUAGAGAUGGCAGGCAACAAUAUGCUUCCAGAAGCACAGGUGCUCUGGAUCGCCUCUCACUUGAUAGAGGACGCCGGGGCAUGGUGGGACGGUUAUUUUUCAACACCGUCCGUCGAACGCCCGGGUUGGACCCGGGAACCAGAGGCUUUCUUCGCCGAACUCAAAAGAAUUUACGGCGACCCAGAUCGUCACCGUUAUGCGGUUAACCAACUACGAUCCAUCAAGCAAGUUAAAACUACAAACACCAAAAAAAAUAUUAAAAAUCAAAUACCGUCGUCAAACCCCUCGCUUCGAGGGGCGGAUUCUCCUUCCAGCCUGCAGAUUACUAUACCCAUCGCUAUAAUUCAUAAUAACCAGUCGAUAAUGACCCGAGCACUAGUGGAUACUGGAGCCCAGGCCGACCUUGUCGACCAAACGUUCCUUGGAAAGCAUGGUUUCCCUCUCCUUGCCAAUGUCACGGCUGUCGAACAACUAUCUUCUAGUAGACCGACGGUCGACGAACCUCGGCUAACUUGA